CAUUUGCAAGCAGCACAGAAGAGAGAACAGAAACAAACAAAUGUGUUUUCUGUGAAAGAUUAAAUCACAACAUUCAGACAUGUCGGAAGUUUAUGGAGAAAGCCAUAGCUGAAAGAGUGAAGUUUGUGAAAUUAAAAGGACUAUGUUUUGGAUGUCUCAGUUUUGGACACCAAUCCAAGAAAUGUGAAAAGAGAAGUAUUUGUAAUACCUGUAAGAGAAAACACCCAACAUGUUUACAUGAAGAACGAGACAAAGAGUUCAGAAGAAAUAAGGACUGUGAUAAAGAACAAAGGGAAGUCAAAGAAACCAAAGAACAAGGUAAAGAAACAUCAAGUGAAGCAAUCUCAAACCGUGUUAUCCAAGGUCAUAAGACCGAUCUUACAUCUACAAUGAUUCCAGUUUGGUUAUCCACAGCAAGCAAACCAGAACAGGAAAUGCUAGUAUACGCCCUUCUGGAUAGUCAAAGCGACACUACAUUUGUUCUCAAAGAAAAGGCAGAUGCUCUGGACACAGAAAAAAGAGAUGUACAGUUAAAGCUCUCUACAUUGUCAUCUAAAGAUUCUGUUGUUCCAAGUCAAAGGCUCUCAGGGCUACAAAUCAGAGGUUUUUACUCUUCAAAGAGAAUCCCUCUUCCUAUGACAUAUACUAGAGAAUUUAUUCCUGCCAAUUUAAGCCAUAUCCCCACACCAAAGACAGCAAGAGCAUGGCCUCACCUGGAGCACCUUGCUGAAGAGAUUGCCCCUUUGAUUGAAUGCGAUGUUGCUUUGUUAAUAGGUUAUAACUGUUCACAAGCAUUGGUACCAAGAGAAGUUGUCUCAGGAAAGGACAAUGAGCCCUUUGCUCAAAAGACAGACCUCGGCUGGACAAUAGUCGGAGGUGUUGAUCAUUGUGUUGACUAUGGAGACAUUAUUGGAUGUAGUCACAGGAUAAUUGUCAAGGAAGUGACACCCAAUCCACCAUCUGAUCAGCUGUCUAAAGAGGUGCACUUUAUUUGUCACACUCAGGUCAAAGAGGUUUUCAUGCCAUCAGAUGUUAUUAAAGUUCUCGAAUCUGAUUUUAAUGAAAGGAAAGUGGAAGAUUCUCAUCUCUCUCAAGAGGAUUUACGCUUUAUUUCCAUAAUGGAGAAUGGAGUGAAAAUUCAAGAAGAUGGACAUUGUGAGCUACCUUUACCAUUUAAGGAAGAUAGACCAAUUCUACCAAACAACAAGAACUGUGCAGAACACAGACUCAAGUGUCUCAAAAAGAGAUUUGGAAAGGAUAAACAAUAUCACAGUGACUAUGUGAAGUUUAUGAAUGAAACAAUAGAGUGUGGAGAUGCAGUAAAGGUGCCUCCUGAAGAACUGCACAAACACCCAGCAUGGUACAUACCUCACCAUGGGGUUUACCAUCCCCAAAAACCGGGAAAAAUAAGAGUGGUGUUCGAUUGUUCAGCAAAGUAUGAAGGAGUCUCAUUGAACGAUCACCUGUUGACAGGACCAGAGUUAACCAACACACUUGUAGGAGUCCUGUGCAGAUUCCGAAAGGGACAAGUAGCAGUGAUGUGCGACAUCAAACGCAUGUUUCAUCAAUUCAGAGUCAGAGUAGAAGAUCAAGACUAUUUUCGCUUCCUGUGGUGGGAUGAUGGAGAUUUCCAUUCCACUCCAUCGGUCUACCGCAUGCGUGUCCACCUGUUUGGAGCUGCCUCAUCACCAGCCUGUGCCAACUUCGGUCUCAAGUACAUUGCAGCACAGGGUCAAGGACAGUUUAGUGAAGCGACAAUAAAAUUUAUUGAAAGAAAUUUUUUUGUGGACGAUGGGUUGAUCAGUUUUCACUCAGAAAAAGAAGCAGUUCAUCUGGUGAAUGAAGCAAAGCAACUCUGUCAAACUGGGAAACUACAACUUAACAAGUUUGUUUCCAACAGUACUCAAGUACUCAACUCACUUCCCAAAGAAGACUGUGCAGAUACGGUAAAAUCUCAAGAUCUUGCACUUGGUGAGCAACAGACGGACAGAGCUCUAGGCAUUAAGUGGUGUGUUGCCUCUGAUCAUUUCCAGUUUCAAGUAGUUGUGAAGGAGCACCCACUUUCCAGAAGAGGAGUGUUGUCGACUGUGGCCUCCAUCUUCGACCCACUUGGACUUGUGGCGCCUUUCGUUUUACUCGGCAAGCAAAUAUUACAGCAGAUGUGUCGUGACAAGGCAGAUUGGGAUGCACCACUCUCAAGUGAACUCAAGCCACGGUGGGAGUCCUGGCUGUCAGAUGUCAAGAACCUUGCAGAUGUUAAAAUCGAUCGUUGUUACCUUCCUAAGGAUUUCAAAGAAGUUCAGAAGUAUGAACUCCACUAUUUUUCAGAUGCAAGUGUCACAGCAGUUUAUCCAAGUGAAGAUGGAUGUGUGCGGAAGGUGCAGUUAUUGAUCAGUGACUCUGCAUUAGAUCGCCAUGGAAAACGACUCACCAAACAAAUACACUUAGACAGACCUAUACAUAAGACAGUCACAUUGUUAGAGGCAGGAUAGACCCACUCAUAAGUUUAUAAUAGAAAUCACAAGUGAUUUGGUGGGAGUGUAGCUGCUGUCAAGGCAACUGCAUCUGGUUUGUUGUUUUUUGUUAUUUGAUUUAAGUAGCAAUAGUUACAUUUUAUUUCAUAUAAAACAUUUACGUUUGAAUGUGUAAUGGUUUCCAGUGGAUUUGUGGUUAUACUCAUUAGGUUCAGUUUAAUGUACAUUCAAGUGUGGGGGGACCUUUUAUUUUGUUCCGCGGACCAUGUGUUGCCCGGGAAAACUUUGGCUGGCGCACUUAGAGCCACAUGGACUUAAAGCUGAAGAAGCUGAUCGCUUGAACUAAGUUUAUUCCUCUGGAGUCAAUGCGGCUAAUGAGGUACAGUUUGUUUAUUUGUAUCUUUUAUUUAUCUACGUACGCCAUUUAUUGUGAAUUAAUUUGGGUUUGUGUUACCUUUGUUUUUUAGUUCUGACGGCAUUUUUGGGGACUUUGUAAAACGUGUCCACAAUAAAUGGCUGUUGACACCGAAGAACUGCGUUAAGCUUUUAUUAACUCGAGAGGA